AUGGAUCCAAAAGAUCACAAAGAUAACGACUUCAUCGACAACACGCUUCAUGAUGUUGCUGAAGGAGAAACAGCUCGUGUCGUUGACCACAUUGCAGAGCGUCAACUCUGCCGCAAGUUCGACGUUCGGUUGAUGCCUGUCUUAGCCAUCAUGUAUUUAUUCAAUGCGUUGGAUAAAGGCAACCUUGGAAACGCUCAAACAGCUGGAUUAAGUGACAAUCUAAACUUCCAGCCAGGCCAGUAUAACCUUUUGGUGUCAAUCUUCUUCGUCCCUUACGUUAUCUUCGCCCCACCGACUGCGAUCAUCGGCAAGAAGUAUGGCCCUGCCAGAGUUCUUCCAAUUCUCAUGUUUACAUUCGGUUCCAUGACUCUGUUAGCUGCUUGCGUCCAGAACUUCAGUGGCCUCUUCGCGCUUCGAUUCUUCUUGGGUGUCGCAGAAUCAGGCUUUUUCCCGCUCGUGAUAUAUUAUCUCACAACAUUUUACAGACGUGGAGAGCUUGCACGUCGCUUGGCUGUCUUUUACGCGGCCUCGAAUAUUGCCAAUGCCUUUAGCGGACUUUUAUCAUUUGGAGUCUUUCAGAUCGAGUCCAAGAUGUUUGUAUGGCGGUAUCUAUUCAUUAUCGAGGGUGCAUCAUCUGUUCUCUUCUCCAUCUUUGCCUUCUGGUAUCUUCCACGCUCAGCUGGUGAGGCCAAGUUUCUCGGUGAAGAAGAAAAGUCAUUAGCAUUGCACCGAAUGCAGGUCGAUUCAUCUUCAGUUGUGCAGGAGAAGUUCAAUUUCAAGGACUCGAUUGAGAUCUUCAAACAGCCAACGACUUAUUGUUUCCUCUUGAUUGAGAUUUGCCUAGGUGUACCGAUUCAAUCCGUUGCGCUCUUUAUGCCGCAAAUCAUCCAGCGUCUCGGAUAUGGGACCAUUAAGACUAAUCUUUACACUGUUGCACCUAAUGUUGGCGGUGCGGUUAUGUUACUCAUCCUAGCCUUCAGCUCCGACUUUCUGCGCAUUCGUUUCCCCUUCAUAAUGCUCGGAUUUGCCUUAACCUUUAUCGGCUUCAUUAUCUAUGCUGCAAUAUCUGACGUUCAAGCUCAAUUACAGCUGGCCUAUUACGCAUGUUUCAUGAUGGUUUGGGGAACCUCUGCACCAUCUGUUCUCUUAUCAACCUGGUACAAUAAUAACAUUGCCCACGAGGGGCGUCGAGUGGUCCUCACGUCGGUGGGCGUCCCAUUAGCAAAUUUGAUGGGACUCGUAUCAAGCAACAUUUUCCGUGAAAGCGAAAAGCCCAAAUACCCGACUGCUCUUAUCACAACAGCCUGCUUUGGGGCUUGCGGUUGUCUCAUAGCGGGUCUUUUGGGUGGAUUCAUGGUGUUUGAUAACAUGCGAAGAAAUCGCAAAGCGGGGACCAAGACUACCGCUGCUGAUGUACCUACCCAACGUUUGCGCGAUGGUCCAUCUGUCCCCGAAUUUCGCUGGUUCUUAUAA